AUGAAAAUUAUACAUGAAUCAGGCUUCACAGCUGAAGAUUAUAAGCAGUAUAAACCAGUAGUAUACAGUAAUACAGUACAAUCACUUGUUGCAAUACUUCGUGCUAUGGGUAAUUUAGCAGUCUCAUUUGGUGACUGUAAUCGAGAGUCUGACGCAAAAUUGGUAAUGGAUGUUAUGGUAAGGAUGGAAGAUACCGAACCUUUUAGUGAUGACUUACUAUCUGCAAUGAAACGUCUCUGGUCAGAUGAUGGUGUACAAGACUGUUUCUCUCGUUCUAAUGAAUAUCAGCUUAAUGAUUCUGCUAAAUAUUUUUUGGAUGAUUUGGAUCGAUUAGGACAAGGAAAUUAUCAGCCAACAGAACAAGACAUCCUACGAACUCGAGUGAAAACUACUGGUAUCGUUGAGGUGCAUUUCACUUUCAAGAACCUCAAUUUCAAAUUAUUUGACGUUGGUGGCCAACGGUCAGAGCGAAAAAAGUGGAUUCAUUGUUUUGAAGAUGUAACAGCGAUUAUUUUUUGCGUUGCGAUGUCAGAAUAUGAUCAAGUCCUUCAUGAAGAUGAAACAACAAAUCGCAUGCAUGAAUCGCUAAAAUUGUUCGAUUCAAUAUGCAACAACAAAUGGUUCACGGAUACAUCAAUUAUUUUAUUCCUCAACAAAAAAGAUUUAUUCGAGGAAAAAAUCAAAAAAUCCCCACUGACAAUAUGCUUUCCUGAAUAUUCUGGUCGGCAAGAUUAUCACGAGGCCAGUGCAUACAUUCAGGCUCAAUUUGAAGCUAAAAAUAAAUCAGCUAAUAAAGAAAUUUACUGUCAUAUGACUUGUGCAACCGAUACAACCAAUAUUCAAUUCGUAUUCGAUGCUGUCACAGACGUCAUCAUUGCCAAUAACUUAAGGGGUUGUGGUCUUUAUUAA